AUGUCCAUGAUGGGACAGCUUAUGAAGCCCAAGAUGACUGAGAUCACGGACAAGCUCCGCUCGGAGAUCAACAAGGUGGUCAGCAAGUACAUUGACCAGGGUGUUGCUGAGCUGGUUCCUGGUGUGCUGUUUAUUGACGAGGCCCAAAUGCUAGACGUCGAAUGCUUCACCUACCUGAACAAAGCACUGGAGUCGCCCAUCUCGCCCAUUGUUGUUUUGGCCUCGAACCGGGGCAUGACAGGCAUCCGCGGCGCAGAGGAUCUGGUUGCCGCCCACGGUAUCCCGCCCGAUUUCUUGAGCAGGCUGCUCAUCAUCCCCACCACCGCGUACGACCCGGAGGAGAUCAAGAGGAUCGUCAAGAUCCGGUCGACGACCGAGGGCGUCAAGAUCACCGAGGCUGCUAUUGACAAGAUUGCCGAGCACGGUGUGAGGAUUAGUCUGAGAUACUGCCUCCAGUUGUUGACUCCUGCAAGCAUUCUGGCAAAGGUCAAUGGUCGCAACGAGAUCGACGUCCAGGAUGUCGCCGAGUGCGAGGACUUGUUCCUUGACGCCCGUCGCAGCGCUGCCCUACUAAGCAGUGAGAAGGGCCAGCACUUUAUUUGUUAA